UAGGGUUCUUCACCUUCUUUUUAAAGUCCUCAGUUUUCCUACUUUUUUCUCCAAAAACAAUAGUCAUCGUCAACCUAGCUAGCAAAACCUUUUCGAAGAAAGAAAACCCUUGUCUGGUUUUUUUCCUAGUAUUAUCACAGUAAAAAAAAGAAGAAUGGAGCUAGCUCUUAGUUUAGGCGAGACAACUCCGACGACGCCGUUUUCGUUUCUUCACAAAGCCCAGAAGAUCACUAAUAAUAGCACUAAUCUCAAUAACAACCAGGCCGAGCUAGGAUUUUGUAUGUCCUUGGGAAACUCUGCCUUCAGUUCAAGAUCAUCGUCGUCAUCAGAUCAAGAUCAUCAAGAUAAAAAAGAUCACGAUCUUAGUAGGCCGGUUUCUUCAUCAUCAGAUCUCCAGCUUCCUCUUCAGCUUGAUCUAUUACCUUCUGCUCCAGUUCCCCGUUCCCAAACCACCUCACAGCUUCGCUUUCCCUGGCUCACUGAUAACUUGGUGAUAUCUGAACCAGUCGGUUCUUCAGGUACUAUUAUUGGACCUGGAAAAGGGUUCGACGUGAACCGGUUACCGGCGGUGGGGGCCGUCCCGGAGGAGACCGAAGAUGGAAUCACCAUAUCUUCCCCCAACAGUACUUUAUCAUCGUUUCACAUGGAUUUCUGCGUUAGAAGUAGUAGUAGUGGAGGCGUAAGGACUAGUAACAAGAGAGAUCAUAGUAAUAACAAUAUGGAGUGUGAGACAGAGAGAGCAAGUUCUAGAGCGAGUGACGAUGAGGAGAACGGGUCAACUCGGAAGAAACUUAGGCUCUCCAAAGAACAGUCCGCUUUUCUUGAAGAGAGUUUCAAAGAACACAGUACCCUCAAUCCCAAACAAAAGGUUGCGCUAGCAAAACAGCUAAAUCUUCGUCCGCGCCAAGUUGAAGUGUGGUUUCAGAACCGAAGAGCAAGGACCAAGUUGAAACAAACGGAAGUAGAUUGCGAGUACUUGAAAAGAUGUUGUGAGACGUUGACCGAUGAGAACAGAAGAUUACAAAAGGAACUUCAAGAACUAAGAGCCUUAAAAACCUCACAACCCUUUUACAUGCAACUUCCGGCCACCACUCUCACUAUGUGUCCUUCUUGCGAGCGCGUCGCCACCGCUGGUACCGGUACCGCUGCCGGAUCCGCCGCUAAUUCCGGCAACCCUUCUCCACACCGAUUCUCUCAUGGCCAAGUUGGGAAAGGUGGUUCAUGAAAUCAUUAACUUAUAAUAGUAGUAAUAUAAAACUUCUAUAUAUUUUUUUCUUUUAAUUUUGUAAAUACCUUUUGGUUUUUGAGCCAAUAUAUCCUUCUUUUGAAUCCGGUUAAAUCUCUCCCUAGCUAGUUUUAGUUAUGAAUUUUUUGAAGAGAAAGAAAAAGAAAGUAAUGAGAAGGGUGACAUAAUAUUUUGUUAUUUGGUGAUCAUAAUGUAGAAAAAAAGAAAAAAAAACAUUUGUUGGUUCUUUUAGAGUUUAGGGAUAAUUAUUGAUUUUGUUUGUUAUGACAUGAAAUUUAUUAAUAUUAAAUCGUGUUAGUUAUUUA